AUGGAGCCACUGCCCAGCUUGCUGGUAAACCGCUCUCCAGAGAGGCCUGCUGGAAAGGUGGCCAGGGAGUUCCUGACAGUUAGCCGUGAGGUGCACCGGCUAAAGGUCGCCUGCAUCUCCACUCCAGAGGCUGGUCACCUGGUCCCUGCAGUGCAGAUUGCAAAAGCCUUGGCUCGGCGAGGGCAUCAGAGUGCCCUGGUCACCUUAGACUGUGCCCGACAAAAGUUCGCGAAAGGCUGCGAGGCAGCCGGCUGCGAGUUCGUCGGCCUGGCAAGGGGCAUCCAGGGCUCGGAUGCCGAGAGUGGACGGGCCGCUGAGCUGACGUCGAAAGGACUCUUUGGCAUCCUCUUCAGGCACUAUGACCAGGCGAUGAGGGAGGAAUUCCGAAGCUGGCUACAGUCGGAGCAGCCAGACGUCGUCGUGGCGGACAUGGUGACUUUGGCAGCCGUAACGCCUGCGAGGGAGUGUGGGAUCCCUGUCAUCUUGAAUGUUCCGGGGCCGCUGGAGCUCUUCAAGAACAUGGGCAUCUCGCUUGUGCUGAUGCUUUGUACCAUCUCCUUCCUCAAAACACGGAGCUUUACAGACACCAGAAUCAUGCUGCAGGUAAUGUGCGAUCUCAUGCCUGCAUUCAGCACCCAGCUGUGCUUGGUGAACAGCUUCUUCGGCCUGGAUGCUGCACGGCCAGUGCCUCCCAACAUCAUCAUGACCGGCUCAACAGCCCCAAGACCCUCUUCGAUCUUGCGGGAAACCUCGGAUGAGCGUUUCAAUGCGUGGCUGCAGCGAGUCCGCGGCAUGGGGCUUCGGAUCAUCUACGUGACCAUGGGCAGCAUGCAGGUUUUGAAGCCCUUCCAAGUACGAGCCUUGUUCGAGGGUCUCCAGGCAGUGUCGCCACGCUGUGCAGUGGCUUGGUCUUUGAAGUCGGAGCAACAGGAGAUGUUGCCGGUGGGCAAAGAGGCAUUGCCUGCGCACUUCUUUAUCCAGAAAUGGUUACCGCAGGGCGAGGCAUUGCAGCUCCCUGACGUUGCGGUGGUUGUGACGCAUUGCGGCUUUGGUGGGCUUAACGAGACUAUUGCUGCUGGAAAGCCACUCGUUGCAUUGCCGUUCCGCGCCGACCAGCCCGCCAAUGCCAAGCUUGCUCGUGAACGGGGCCUGGCGGAGGUCCUGUCACCAGCAAAACUCACUGCCGCUGAUGUCACCACCGCCGUCAGCAAGGUCCUUGCUGAUGGCAGCUACGCCAAGCGAGCUUUGGAGCUGCAGCGGUCGAUGCUGAAGACCGGAGGCGCAGAGGCCUGUGUAGAUGCGAUCGAGCACUUCGUUGAGCAUGGCGGUUGCGAGGAGCUCUUCGUCAGGAAGCCUUCCUGGCAUCAGAGCUGUCGCAAAGCCCUCGUGCCUUUCACGCUGAUGGCGGCAAUUCAAGAGCUUGUCCUUUCGGAGGUUGAGUACAAGGUUCAGGAGAAGACGGAAGAGAUGUGGAACAGGGGCAAGCAGGUGGUCGCGCAGAUGAAGCAGCGCCACCAGCAGACCGUGCAACAGCACCUGGACGAAAUUGCGCGUCUCAAGAAGAGCAGCCAGGACUUGGAAGAGGAAAAUAUGCGACUGAAUCAGCUCGUCCACGACCUGGCCACUGGACUCACGGCUGUCGGUGGCAACUACCUCAAUGGCAAGGACUUGCCCUAUGGAUCUCCGGACUCUUGCGCGAGUACCGCAGUCGAAGAGCCCGAGGCCAGUAAGCAAGUGGAGGCUGCGACGCCAUUCACUCCCAAGCCACGAACAGAUCCAGACACGCCUCCGUCUGCGUUGCCGGAGGUGCCGGCUUUCCCGCUUCUCGGCUCCCCGGUGCCCCUGUCGGCACCCAUCUCUCUGGCAGAGUCGCUGGGUCAGGCGACUCCUCAACGCACGCCGGUGUCAUUGAUGCAGUCCUUGAUUGAGAUGCCAUCCCCCUUCACUGUCAAUGGGCGUGCAGGGGCAGGCAUGGUUGGUGGAAACGGCAUCUUUAGCUUCACGUUGCGCAAGGCAGAUGGCACCGAGCUCGGGCUCAACGUGUCACACUCCAACGACGAUCGUGUGCUGUGUGUGGAGGGCAUCCGCCCGGGCGGAGCUGUGGAAGCCUGGAAUCGCCAGUGCCUGGGCCCAGGAAGCACUUUCACGGAGAAAGCCGUGUUUCAAGGAGAUCGCAUUAUCAGUGUUAACCAGAUCUGCUACGACCCCAACAAGAUGCUCCAGGAGUGCAAGGAAAAGCAGCUGCUGAAGCUCACGAUCGCUCGCGGCAAUGUUUCUCUGCCCUCAGCCCCGGCUCAGGGGCCUGGAUCUGCCUCCCUCCGUGCAGAUGCCUCCGAGUUCGUGGCGUCCUCAUUCGAAAAUGUGCGAUGGUUCUUCUUCGCCUGCAGCUUUCACUUCGGAGAGGGUCCGCUUUUGAAUCAAGCCCCUCAAGAAUGGAAUCUUUUGGCUUAUUUCGGUUUCGUGCCGCCGGCCGUAUGCCAUGGUGCCGCUCACAUCCUACACCCACUACAUCUGCUUCUUCUUGCAUUUUAUCUUCCCAGGUGCCCGGUGUGA